UCUUCUUCUUCUUUUGGGUUUAUUUUUCCUUUUUCUUUUCCUUCAUAUUUUUUCACUUGCGGGCGAUAAUUAUAAAUCGUCACACCUCCUCCAUUUUCCUCAUGCCCCAAAUCCGCUCGGCAUCGCCUCACACUCCCUCAGUCCACACUAUCUUUCCGCGUGCCGACCAUCUCUCUCUUCUCUCUCUGUGGCGCAAACGCUUUUUCACCGCCCCAUAAAGAUUCAACUCACGCCAUAAACGCAGCAUACAAAAUCCACCGUUAGCUUCAUCUCGAAUUGGGACUCCGAUAAUCUCUUCAACGCCCAUAACGGGAUAGAGGGUAUAGCCAAUUUCAUGAUGAGCAACCUCGACAUCGCUACCAGCUUGAGGAGGAGGAGAUGCCGACGAUUCAGGCUCCGAGCCAAGCUCACGAAGCUCUGCCGAUGGAUUUCCCUACCCGGAUUCCACAACCAGUGCCCGACGUACCACCGCUUGGGCUCUCCCCCUCCUCCAUCUCGUCGCAACCCCAUCUGCAAGAUCCUCAAUUUGGCCAGGCAGAGGCUGCGCCACCUCAAACCCGGCCGUCACGGGUACGUCCGGGUCGGGCACGACCCGGGAGAGAAGGGCCCGUCGCUGGACGUGCCGAAGGGACACAUGGCGGUGUACGUGGUGGGCCAGUCGGGGGGCGACGCUCGCCGGGUAGUGGUGCCCGUGAUGUACUUCAACCACCCGCUGUUCGGGGACCUGCUGCGGGAGGCGGAGCUGGUCUACGGGUACGACCACCCGGGGGGGAUCACGCUUCCCUGCGGGAUCUCCGAGCUCGAGAGGGUCCAGACCAGAAUCGCCGCGGUGGGCGGCGGUAUCCGGCGGCUGACGGGGUGGGGGCGGCGGAGCUGAGAUUCUGUCUCUUGAGUUUGAGGGCGCAGGUGGGGCCGUCGGAGAUCGGGAUUGGGUGGUCGGCGAGAAUUUCGCGACCCAAAUUUUGAUAUAAAUAAGCGGUCACAUGAUU